CCCACUUUGGCCCGGAACCGGCCCCCAAAGGCUAAAAAUAUGGCCCGGAGGCUCCUGAGCGGAACCGGACCGCGCUCAGCGGGGCACGAGGCACCGGCGACAGCGCUCCGGGCCCCCGCACCGCCGGCUGCCGGCGGCCUCUCUCCGCGGCGCAGGUGUGUGUGGCGGCCAGGAUGAAGCUGAAGAAGCAGGUGACGGUGUGUGGGGCCGCGGUCUUCUGCGUGGCCGUCUUCUCGCUCUACCUCAUGCUGGACCGAGUGCAGCACGACCCCGCCCGGCACCAGCAUGGCGGGAACUUCCCCCGGAGCCAAAUUUCUGUGCUGCAGAACCGCAUCGAGCAGCUGGAGCAGCUGCUGGAGGAGAACCACGAGAUCAUCAGCCACAUCAAGGAGUCCGUGCUGGAGCUGACGGCCAACGCCGAGGGCGCGCCCGCCCUGCUGCCCUACUACACGGCCAACGGCUCCUGGGUGGUGCCGCCGGAGCCCCGGCCCAGCUUCUUCUCCGUCUCCCCCCAAGACUGCCAGUUUGCUCUGGGGGGCCGGGGCCCGAAGCCGGGGCUGCAGAUGCUGACGGUGUCGGAGGAGCUGCCCUUUGACAACGUGGACGGCGGGGUGUGGAAGCAGGGCUUCGACAUCUCCUACGGCCCCCACGACUGGGACGCCGAGGACCUGCAGGUGUUCGUGGUGCCGCACUCGCACAACGACCCAGGCUGGAUCAAGACCUUUGACAAGUACUACGCGGAGCAGACCCAGCACAUCCUCAACAGCAUGGUGACCAAGCUGCAGGAGGACCCCCGGCGCCGCUUCCUCUGGGCCGAAGUCUCCUUCUUCGCCAAGUGGUGGGACAACAUCAGCGCCCAGAAGAGAGCGGCCGUCCGGAGGCUGGUGGGCACCGGGCAGCUGGAGAUGGCCACCGGAGGCUGGGUCAUGCCCGACGAGGCCAACUCCCAUUACUUUGCGCUGAUCGACCAGCUCAUCGAGGGACACCAGUGGCUGGAGAAGAACCUCGGUGUGACCCCGCGCUCGGGCUGGGCCGUGGACCCCUUCGGACACAGCCCCACCAUGGCUUACCUGCUGCGCCGUGCCAACCUGACCAGCAUGCUGAUUCAGAGGGUGCACUAUGCCAUCAAGAAGCACUUCGCUGCCACCCACAGCCUGGAGUUCAUGUGGAGGCAGAGCUGGGACUCGGACUCCAGCACAGACAUCUUCUGCCACAUGAUGCCCUUCUACAGCUACGACGUCCCCCACACCUGCGGCCCGGACCCCAAGAUCUGCUGCCAGUUCGAUUUCAAACGCCUGCCUGGCGGGCGCAUCAACUGCCCGUGGAAGGUGCCUCCUCGCGCCAUCACAGAGGCCAAUGUGGCCGAGAGGGCAGCCCUGCUCCUGGACCAGUACCGCAAGAAGUCCCGGCUCUUCCGGAGCAACGUGCUGCUGGUGCCGCUGGGCGACGACUUCCGCUACGACAAGCCCCAGGAGUGGGACGCCCAGUUCUUCAACUACCAGCGGCUCUUCGACUUCCUCAACAGCAAGCCCGACCUCCACGUGCAGGCCCAGUUUGGUACCCUCUCCGAUUACUUUGACGCCCUGUACAAGAGGACGGGGGUGGAGCCGGGGCCCAGCCCCCCGGGUUUUCCCCGGCUGGCGGGAUUCUUCUCCUACGCGGACCGGGAGAUACUUUACUGGGACCGCUUCUACUCUUCCCGGUGUUCUAAAAAAGCCUGUACCGAGACUCUCUCUCCGCACAGCGGGGCGGAGAUUCUCUACAGCCUGGCAGCCGCUCACGCCCGCCGCUCCGGCCUGGCCAGCCAGUACCCGCUCUCGAACUUCGCCCUCCUGACCGAGGCCCGGCGCACCCUGGGGCUCUUCCAGCACCACGACGCCAUCACGGGCACUGCCAAGGAGGCCGUGGUGGUGGACUACGGGGUCAGGCUGCUGCGCUCCCUCGUCAGCCUGAAGCAGGUCAUCAUCAACGCGGCCCACUACCUGGUGCUGGGGGACAAGGAGGCCUACCGCUUUGACCCCGAGGCGCCCUUCCUCCACAUGGAUGACACCCGCUUAAACCACGACGCCCUGCCAGAGCCCACGCUGAUCCAGCUGGACGCCUCGCCCAGGUACGUGGUGCUCUUCAACCCGCUGGACCAGGAGCGGCUCAGCGUGGUGUCCCUGCUCGUCAGCUCGCCCCGGGUGCGCGUCCUGUCGGACGAGGGCCAGCCCCUGGCCGUGCAGGUCAGCGCGUACUGGAGGUCCGCCACCGACAUGGUCCCUGACGUCUACCAGGUGUCUGUGCCCGUCCGCCUGCCGGCGCUGGGCCUGGGCGUCCUGCAGCUGCAGCCCGGCCUGGACGCCCACCGCACCCUGCCCUCCUCGGUGCGCGUCUACCUGCAGGGCCGGAAGCUGGCCGCCAGCCGGCACGAGGGCCUUCCCCUCCGCGUCAUGGAAUCCGGCCCCGGCGGACUUCGCCCUCAGCAACAGCUACAUGGAGGCCAGCUGGAGGUGAUCCUGGACCGGCGGCUGAUGCAGGACGACAACCGCGGCCUGGGCCAGGGGCUCAAGGACAACAAGAGGACCCGCAACCACUUCCGCCUCCUCCUGGAGCGGCGCACGCUGGGCAGCGAGAGCCCGAGCUCUCAAGAUACUGACUCUGCUCUCUGGGAAUUUAUUCGUGCACCUGUGAGCUCAGGGAGCACCCGCCUCACUGCCUUGUGCUCUCACCAGGAUGAGACCUUGCCCUCGGCAGAAGCCGCCCUCAUCCUACACCGCAAAGGCUUCGACUGUGGCCUUGAGGCCAAGAACUUGGGCUUCAACUGCACCACAAGUCAAGGCAAGGUGGCCCUGGGGAGCCUCUUCCGCGACCUGGACGUGGGCUUCCUGCAGCCGACCUCCCUGACGUUGCUGUACCCGCUGGCCUCGCCCUCCAACAGCACGGACGUCUCCCUGGAGCCCAUGGAGGUGGCCACCUUCCGCCUCCGCCUGGGCUAGGCCUUCCUGUGGCCGGAGGGGAAGGUCCUCCACGUAAGGUCGGGU